UUGUAACCUUCCUGUGACCGUGAUGUUUGUUGAGAGGUGUUGAGCAAUUGCUCGCUCCGCUGUUGUGUAAUCGAGUGUCCGAUAAGAUAAGUUAGGAGAAGGGGGAUUUACCUUGCGUUCGAUUCAAAGUGCCUUUACUGACUAUAAGCUAAACUAAAAAGGGUUUUGAUCGGUUAUAAAGCUAUGACUGUCAAAGGACUUCCCUUCUUUGCGGUUGGAAAGGUUGUGAAAGGUUUUGGAAGAGGAUCAAAAGAGCUGGGCAUACCGACAGCUAAUUUCCCAGAAGCUGUUGUGGAACAGCUUCCAGCUGCAGUCGGCACUGGGGUAUACUUUGGCUAUGCCAGGGUUGACGAAGGGCCUGUGCACAACAUGGUAAUGAGCAUUGGCUGGAACCCAUUCUACAAGAAUGAUAAGAAAUCCAUGGAAACUCACAUUUUGCACAAGUUUGACAAGGAUUUUUAUGGUUCUAUGCUGCGGAUCUGCAUUGUGGGAUUCAUCAGGCCUGAGGAGAAUUUCAAGUCACUUGAGGCGCUGAUUCGCGCCAUCAAUGACGACAUUGAGAUGGCGCGCGAGCUCUGCGCGCGCCCCGAGCACGCGGCGCUGGCCAAGGCCGACUUCUUCUACCAGACCGGGGACGGCACGGAGGGCGACUCAGACGGGCCGGGCGGCAGCUCGGCCGGCCGAGUGGAGCGCAGCGGCAGCGACACCAGCAUAGACCACUGACCCCCCGAGCAGCUGGCGCGCGCUAGACAUGGAACAUCGGCACGGCACGGGUAGCGGGCGAACGGAGCCCGGUGGAUAACUCGACUACGAGAUGGGCCAACGACCAAAACAGAGCCGGCAAUACGGAAACUCGUACGGAUUGCGGUAGACUUUUGCUUUAAACCGAGCUGAGCUAUUGCAGUAUUAGGGCUGUAGUACAUAGUCAAUAUUAUUUAUAUGGGAACUGGUGACGUAGGUUUUCCCAGUUUGCCUUUUGGGGAGAUAGCUAGUGGGCACUGAACUCAUUAACGAGUGUGAAUUAUCAUGUCAUAUUAAACUAUAGAGAGGAUUGGUUCAAAGACGGCACAUUACUUUCUGUAGUGCCCGCUGUCCAUAGUUUGUACUUACGGCGUUCGGCAGUCAUUCUCUGCCCAGUUCACACAUAUUUAUCCAAAGUCCGGCAUGUACUUCAUUCGCUGUCACCUGUUGGCGACGGUGCCAUUUCAGAAAUUUGUUUACACCGCUCAAUCAACAAACGGUGACUUUGUGCACUCUUACUGGUGCCCGUUGUCUGUGUCUUCACCCGAGAAGCUGUGCGGGUCUCAUAACCCACCUGGGCCGCCAUGUCGUAUAUGGCCGACGGUGCCUUGUCGGUGAGCCCACGGCGACCUCACACGGUGCACAAAGCGCACUCCAGACGCCUUCUCUCCGACGGACGUGGCACCAUUUCGACUUCGGCCACUUCAGGGCGCUGCUUUCCGGUCUUCCGGCAGACCAGAUGUGAUUGCUCGGACGCAACGACCCUGGCGGGGAGGCUGCUGACAGCCUGACCUGUCGAGGACAUGGUGGAGAGAUUAUACUAUGUACUUACGACCCACUAAUGGCCGCCGACCCACUGAGAAGUGGCUGUCCGGCAGUUGGUGUUCAGAUCGACUCUUUGCUGGUGACGCGUGUCGUAGGCAACUGAGGUGAUCGAGUAUGUGUUCAGUUCGUGGGCUUUAUGUGCAGCACACAAUUGACCAGAAAUCAUUGCAUGCGAACAAAAUCGUGACCUUCAGGUGCUGUUCUGCCGGUGAGUUCAGCGUUCAGCCGCUCCGGGCUGACGUUCGGGCAGCGAUCGCGUUCUGAUCUUCAGUCAAUGGCUGUAGUGUUUGCAAUGGUGUGCAAUAGAUAUACAAUGUUUACCCAA